UAAAAAACCCGUCUGUUUUACGUUUAAUAUUGAUUUUGUACGCUGUUAAACUUCCGCAUUCCGGCCGCUAUACCCGAUAUUACAGAGGACAUAAUGGCGGCGAAGGUUAAACUUGCAGUGAAAAAUGUCUAGAUUUAAAGAUUGGAAAAGAUAGGUUAUCUAAGAAUUAAUAAUGGAAGUUUCUGGCAAGCGACAAAAUAAAUUGACACAUUCAAUAUCACAUGGGUCAGCUGAAGAUCUUUUAUUAUUCUGUAUCCCAUGUGAUAGGGAUAGUAAACGGGUUCCAGCUAAGGGGUUUUGUACCACUUGCAAUGAACAUCUUUGUAAAACCUGUUACAAACAUCAUAAGAAACCAGCACCUUUACGCAAUCAUGUUCUGCUUGAUGAAAACUGCAUGCCAACAACACCUACCGUUCCAUUAUCUCAAGACAACUUCGAAAGCUGUGAUGAUCAUCAAGACGAAAAACAGAAAUAUUACUGUAGAGAUCACGACAUUGUUGUUUGCAGUGUUUGUGUCACAUUAGAUCAUAGGACCUGUAAGGUGGAAUACAUACCUAAAAUUUCAAAACAUAUUCUAGACAGUGAGGAACUCAAUGAGUUAAUGGCGGAAAUGAAAUCACUUGAAGAAGUUUGUAAAUUAGGGAUAAAGAGAGCAAAAGAUGAGAUAAAAGCCAUUUCUGAAAAUCAUGAUAAGGUUAUAAAGGCAAUCCAUCAAUUCAGAAAGGAAAUUAAUACACGUCUGGAUGAUAUGGAAACGAUUGUUGUCAAGGACGCGGAGAGAAUCUCUGAUGAAAAACAAAUGAUUCUGAAGAGUUUGUCAACAUAUAUAGAAGACAUAAAAGACAAAACGGUAAAGAAACAAGUAUGCUUAGAUAACCUGAUACAAAGGAACUGUCUUGACAAACUGUAUGUUGAAAUGAAAGCAGUCAAGAAACGACUUGUAGAAAUGAAGAUGAAGGCAAAACAACAUAAUCGAAUAAACAAUGAUGAAACAGUAAGCUUUGUCAAACAUCAGGCAAUUAUUGAUGUGUUAGAAAAAUAUAAGCAAAUAGGUAAAAUUGUAUCUGUUAAAUCAUCCGAUAGUAAAAAUAUUGCAAUGAGGAAAGAUACAUCAAUACCGCCUGAGGAUCAGACUCUAAAUCUUAAAGUUGUCGAGGACAUAAAUGUGAAAUCCGCAUCGGAUAGAAAUAAAUGUGACAUAAGCGGGAUAGAGGCUAUUCAGCCGGAUACAAUUAUAGUUUGUGAUCGUAGAAACAAAAACGUAAAAUGUUAUGAUACAGAACAGAAGAAAAUUGUCUCAGAGAUGAAACUAAAUAAUUCACCGUAUGAUGUUGCAGCUAUUGCAUAUGAUAGAUUUGUCGUGACUGUACCUAGUGAUAAAUGCGUCCAUUUCAUGUCACUAAAGAAACAACGCAUUGUUUCUGAUCGUAAGGUGAAUAUCAAUGAGACAUGUCGUGGUAUUGCUUACAGCAAUGAUAAACUUGUUGUGUCAUGUGUUAAUCCAAGAAAAGUUUUAGUUCUUGACCUACAAGGUAAAAUAUUGCAAACUUUUAGUGGAGAUAAUAGUUUGUUUUCCAAUCCUCAACAUGUCACCGUGAAUACAGCGGGAACGUCUAUAUAUGUUAGUGACUGGGGUUAUUCUGUGAAGGCUGUAAAACAACUAGACUGGCAGGGGAACGUUAUAAAUACCUAUCAACCAGCGGAGGGAGGAGGAAAUCUACGGGAUAUUUGUGAAUUAAAUGAUGGUUCAUUUCUUGUUUGUUUGAGUCAAGAUAGUGACGACAAUUUACGUAGAAUAUCAGACAGCUGUAAACCGUGUAAAAUAACGAUAAAUGAGAAACUUGGUAGAUGGUACCCGAGUGCUGUUGCAUACUGUAAGAAAUCGAGAAAACUUUAUGUGUCUUAUUCGGAAACAAGUGAAUUUGUCGCUCCAUUUAGUUGCAUAAAAGUAUUUAAGUUGGAAUGAUGAUACUUAGAAAAAGAAGAAAUGAUGUGAUUAAUUAUCACAAUUCAAUUUAAAAUGCACACAAAAUUUUCAAUUAAAACUAACAUAUGUGCUAUCUGUAUACAAAGAAAAGUCUAUUCAGUGAUGCACGUAUUCGUUUGUAUUGUAUUAAUUAUUCUAUUUUGAACCAAUAAUCAUUCAUAUUUUUGAUUAUUCUUAUUUUAGAUUUUUACAUUUGUUUAUGUACCUUCAUAUUAAUGUAGAAUAUCAUGUGAUUAUUCUUAUUUUAGAUAUUUAUAUUUGUUUAUGUACCUUCAUAUUAAUGUAGAAUAUCAAUAUAUGUUUCUUGCUGUGAAAAUAAUAGUCCUCAUAUUUCCAGAUUUAACUAUUACUAGAAAUGCAAGUAAAUAAAAAAAAUUAAGCAUGUUAAUCAGUUUAAGUUUUAGUUAAUUAUCAGUCAGCAAAAUGUUUGACUUUAGUCAUAUACAAGUGUAUACAACUGAUUGCAAAUACAAUCAAAUACAUGAACGUAAACACAUAUACAGAUAAUACAGCACUACAUACAAAAAUCUAUAAGAUCAGACGGCAAGCAUAAUUAUGAAUUUUCCGUUUUUCUAUAUAUAUAAUUAUUCAAACACUGUAUUUGAUUCAUUAGGACUGCAUUAUUGUUUCUCAUCAAUCCGAGAAAAUGUCGCAGGCAGACGA